ACAUCAACCACCGCAAAAGCUAGCAUCGCGGAAGCACGACGAGUGGACCAUGCCGAGGACAUAGGAAACCAGACUGUGGCCGCUAUGGGCCGAACGACUUCUGGCCAAGCACUGCAAAUCAGAAGAUACCCUACUUUCAAGACACCGGAGGACGAGCGUUUGUAUAGGAAACAGCAUCUUGCCGCUGCGUAUAGGGUGUUUGCUUCCAGGGGGUUUGAUGAGGGCGUGGCGGGUCAUAUCAGUGUUCGAGAUCCGAUUCUCACGGAUCACUUUUGGCUCAACCCUCUCAGCAAGCACUUCUCACUCCUCCGCGUCUCCGACCUAAUCCUCGUCAACGAAACCGGCCAAGUAGUCCAAGGUAACGAGCCCAUCAACGCCGCCGCCUUCGCAAUCCACUCCGCGAUCCACCGGGCGCGACCCAACGUCCACGCCGCAUGCCACGCACACUCCACGUACGGCAAGGCAUUCAGCGCCCUCGGCCGCCCCCUCGACAUGAUCACUCAGGACUCGCUCCGCUUCUACAACUCGCACGCAGUUUACGAGCAGUUCGGAGGCGUGGUGCUCGCGGCGGAAGAGGGGGAGCGCAUUGCUUCCGCGCUAGGCGACGGAAAGGCGGCAAUCUUGCAGAAUCAUGGGAUCUUGACUGUGGGGGAGACGGUGGAUGAGGCGGCAUUUUGGUUCCUCAGUUUGGAGAAAACGUGUCAAGCGCAGUUGCUCGUGGAUGCCGCGUGUGCUGGGAAUCCGGAGAACACAAAGAGGAUUAUUCCUGACAAGGAGGCGGAGGAGAGUUAUAAGCAGGUUGGGACGCCAGAGAAGGGUUGGUUGGCGUUUCAAGGGUAUUAUGAUGAGAUUUUGCAUCGCACAGGUGGAGAUUUUCUGCUGUAAACAACAGCAUGUAUAGGACGAAAGAUGCCCAUCUUUGAAAGCGACAUACUAGGUGGAUGAAACGAAGUAAUAGUAGAGACGGCUGGUUUCUAAUUUGGAGUCAGCGUCGACUUACUACGUUGGUAUGAUUAACCUCUGGUGGUGUCUCAGGAUGUUCGCUGCAAACAUCGAAGAUGUCCCUUCCUGUCUUACGAUGCGAUGAUAUGUUUGUUGUAGUUGGAACCCGG